AUGUGUGUCACCCGUGGUGGGAUGUUUGAGAAGUCUCUUUACGACCUGAUCAAGGGUCUUCGAAACCACAAGGGCGGAGAAGAUGAAUAUGUCCAGGACUGUCUGCGGGAAUGCAAGGCCGAGAUCAAAUCGCAAGAUAUGGAUAAAAAGGCUACCGCGCUCCUGAAGCUCAUAUAUUUGGAAAUGUUUGGGUACGAUAUGUCAUGGGCGGCCUUUAACGUCCUGGAAGUCAUGUCAUCUUCCAAAUAUCUCCAGAAACGAGUGGGAUAUCUCGGAGCGGUGCAAAGCUUCCGGCCUGACACCGAGGUCCUGAUGUUGGCAACGAAUAUGCUGAAAAAGGAUAUUGUGUCUGCCAAUAUUCCCUCCUUGUCCCUGCCGCUCAUCACGCUCCCACAUAUUAUCACUCCUUCGCUGGCUAUGUCUCUGCUCCCAGAUAUAAUAUCUCGUCUUUCACACUCAAGCCCCGUCGUACGCAAGAAGACGAUCGUGUGUCUUUACCGGCUUGCAUUGGUAUACCCGGAAGCCCUCAAGCUGUCAUGGCCAAAAAUAAAGGACCACCUGAUGGAUGACCAGGAGGAUAUUAGCGUGACCACAGCGGCCAUCAAUGUUGUCUGUGAGCUUGGUUGGCGCCGACCCCACGAUUUUCUACCCUUAGCGCCACGGCUUUUUGAGCUGCUCGUGGACAGCGGUAAUAAUUGGAUGGCCAUCAAGAUCAUCAAGCUGUUUGCAACGUUGACUCCGCUAGAGCCUCGACUAACACGCAAGCUUCUGCGACCAUUGACAAAUAUCAUCCAGACGACCACGGCCAUGUCACUCUUAUACGAGUGUAUCAAUGGUAUCAUUCAGGGUGGAAUUCUCGAUGGCGAGGAGAAUCUCCAGGAAAGAGACGAGGUUGCCACGUUGUGCGUGGGUAAACUACGGGGGAUGAUAGUGAUAGACUCGGACCCCAACCUCAAGUACGUUGCUCUUCUUGCAUUGAAUCGCAUCGUCACAACACACCCAAUGCUCGUGUCUGUGCAGCAAGAUGUGAUCAUGGACUGCCUGGACGAUCCAGAUGUCUCUAUUCGCUUGCAGGCUUUAGAACUUGCUGCUGGUAUCGUCACUAGUGACACCUUGCAAGCAGUGGUGAAUCGGUUAGUGAACCAACUCCAGUUGGCCUCGCUGUCAACACCAAGGGACGCUCCAGAUUCUGAAGCCGACCCUUAUGCGAGAGACGGAACUGAAAGCCCCAAGGGGCAAAAGGCAUCCGAUGUGGGGCUUGAUCCCAUAAUUAAUCUGCCCAGUGAAUACCGAAUUGAGGUCGUGAAUCGCGUUUUAGACAUCUGCUCGCAAGGCAACUACGCGGAGAUGUCCGACUUUGAGUGGUACGUGGGCAUUCUGGUUAAACUUGUCAGUCUACUCCCACCCUCGGGGCUAGAAGAGUAUUGGCAACAGCCUCAAACAGGUCAAUGGUCCAGCCACGGUUCGAAAUCGACUGUUGCUUAUCGGAUUGGAUCGGAGAUCCGCAACGUUGCUGUACGCGUGAGAGGAGUACGUCCGGAGGCCACCCGGGCAGCCGAGUCACUACUACUUGUAGACAAUCGGUCUCUUCUGUUCCCAACAGGCUCCAAUGUGGGGAUCGACGUGCUAGGCCCCGUGGCGUGGGUGGUUGGUGAGUAUGCAGAAUGUCUUGUGUCGCCUGACCGAACACUGCAGUCACUGAUUGACCCAUCUAAUACACAUUUGGCACCGGAAACGUUACAACUGUUCUUGCAGGCGAUACCGAAAGUGUUUGUUCGAUUAAAUCGCAAUUGGGGCGCCAGAGAUACAUGGAAGAGUGAAUUGUCUCUUUUGCUGGCUCGAGUUUUGGAUUUCCUCGAGCUGCUAGCCGCCCAUCCGGACCUGGAUGUUCAGGAGCGGGCCAUAGAAUUUCUGGAAGUUCUUCGCUUGGGUGCCGAGGCGAUGCACUCAGAUGCGCAGGAAGUGCCAUUUCUUCUCGCCUCCAUUAUUCCCAGCUUGUUUGAGGGCCUAGAACUGAAUCCUGUGGCAUUAAGUGCUCAGAAAAAGGUCAUCUUGCCUCCAAGUCUGCGCCUGAAUGAGGCAUUCAAUGAUGAUUUACCGGGACUUUUCCGCGACGUGGACCGGUCGAUGCUGGAUGUGGACACCCGGAGUACCUUGCAGAACUUUUACCAUGUCCCGGAUCUUUCUCCGCCUGUCAAUAAGCCGUUGCACGAACCGGCUUCGAUUGAAACACACCUUGGCCCAUCAUAUCAAACCACUAUCGGCGGCUCGAUGGAACAUUCCGCCUUGGAAAAGAAAAAGUCUGAGCGCAGGGAACGUUUCAGAGAUGACCCAUUCUACAUUGCCCCCCAUAGUUCAUCAGGCACGUCCACGCCGGUUCAUGACGUAUUCAAGUCUAUCAAUGGCGAUGUUCUGGACAUUGAUUCCAUUCCGAUUGUCGAUUUGAAACUGGAUGAAGGACAGCAGGGCCGAUUUGAUCGGGGCCCUCCUACGAACCGUCGGAUCUCUCCAAGGAAAAUGAAGGUUGCCACCGAUGAAACAUUCGGGUCUGAUGACACACCUUUACAAGAUAGUUUGGCAGCUAUCACCGGCAGGUCUACGAGUUCAAAGCGUUCUUUACUUCAGGUGGACUCUAGCGGUCUGGGGCAGCUUUCACUGGCAAGAGAUGGGGACAGAGACACUGUUCUGGCCGGAGAAGAAGGUGACGCCGAAAUGAAGAAGGCGAUGCAGACCGUGGAACAGAUGCGAUUGCACAUGCAGCGAGCAUCCGAGCGUAUCCAAUUAGAGGGUACUCCGGCCGAGGGCACUCUCGUGAAGAAGAAGAAAAAGAGCAAGAAGAAGCCCGAAGAUGGUGAUGCUGACCAAACAGAGCGCUCUCGGGUUCGGGGAAAGAAGAAGAAAAAGCAGGCUGCGUGA